AAUCUUUUAUAGGAGAAGGAAAUCAACACAUGGUCAAAUGCUGAAUAGUAAAAAUUAUUAAACUAGUCCCGAAAGACUAGUAACAGGAAAUUUCGCCUUCAACAUGAUGUAUAUAUAUAGAUCGAAAAAUUUGAGAUGUAAUUAUCACUUUACAGCCAAAGUAUGAGAGCAGCUUCAAUGGAAAAUAUGUCUAAAGUUGGGCUGUUAAUAUUGUUACUAGUUUAUGGCUUGUUGUUUCUAUCAAAUUAUGUUAACUGUAAAGCUGUUGUUGUUGAAUGCUUAGCUUCUGACCAUGAAGCUCUUAUGGACUUCAAAAAUGGGCUUGAGGAUUCUCACAACCGUCUCGCUUCAUGGAGAAACACUGACUGCUGUCAAUGGCAUGGAGUUUCUUGUGAUAACAUCACAGGUGCGGUCGUUGCAAUCGAUCUCCAUAACCCACAUCCAGUGCUCUAUGAUUCGUCUCCCAGCAAGUACGAAAUGUGGAACCUGAGUGGUGAGCUAAGACCAUCUUUGAUGAAACUCAAGUCACUAAGUCAUUUAGACUUGAGUUUCAACACAUUUAAGGAAAUACCAAUUCCUAAGUUCUUUGGAUCACUGGCGAAUUUGCAAUAUCUGAACCUGUCAAAUGCUGGAUUUGUUGGUCUAAUUCCACCUCAUUUGGGGAACCUUUCUCACUUGCAAUCUCUUGAUCUCGAGCAUAAUAGAUUGCAUGUUGAAAAUCUAAGAUGGGUGGCUGGCCUUGUCUCGUUGGAACAUCUUGUCAUGAAUGGAGUUGACCUUUCAUUGGUAGCAGAAACAGACUGGGUUAGUGCAUUAAGCCAAUUGCCUUCUUUAAAAGAAUUGCAACUAUUUUUUUGUCAGCUUUAUGGUCAUAUUCCUUCUCCCCCAUCUCACAAUUUUACUUCACUUGCUAUUCUAGAUCUUAGUGCUAAUAGUUUUGUUUCAAAGAUACCUGAAUGGCUUGUUAAUAUUAGCACCCUACAAUAUAUUCGCAUAAGAAAUAGUGAUCUGUAUGGAAAAAUACCACUUGGUUUUAGAGACCUGCCAAACUUACAGUUUUUAGAUUUAGGGGACAACUUCAAUCUCACAGAGAAUUGUUCUCAACUUUUCACAAAAGGAUGGGAAAAUAUACAAGAGCUUGAUUUGUCAUUUAGUAAAUUACAUGGAACACUUCCUUCAUCCUUAGGAAACUUGACUUCCCUCACUUACCUUGAUCUUUCUUAUAAUGUUAUAGAGGGUGUUAUUCCUAGUUCCAUUGGUCAACUUUGCAACUUGAAUUAUCUUGAUUUAACAGAAAACAAGGUAGGAACUCUACCUGAAUUUCUUCAAGGAGUAGAUAAUUGUCCUUCCAGAAAACCUCUUCAUAAACUAGAGUUUUUUGCAAUGAGCAACAGCCAAUUGCGUGGUCGAAUCCCAGAUUGGUUAGUUCAACCUGAAAAUCUAGUUACUCUAAGUCUUGCACAUAAUCUUCUUGAAGGUCCCAUUCCUGCUUCCUUAGGGUCAUUGCAAAGUAUUAUCAAAUUGGAACUUCAAGAUAAUAAAUUAAAUGGUACCAUUCCAAAUAGUUUAGGACAACUUUCUAUGUUGUCACAAUUAGAUGUUUCUUCUAAUCAGUUGACAGGCAUGGUAACUGAAGACCAUUUUUCAAAGCUGAGUAAGUUGAAAAUUUUAAUCAUGUCUUCCAAUUCUUUCACUUUAAAUGUCAACGCAGGUUGGAUACCACCAUUCCAAGUAUCUUUUCUUCAAAUGGCUUCAUGUCAUUUGGGGCCUUCAUUUCCACCUUGGUUGAAAUCACAAAGUAAGCUCCAGUAUUUAGACUUUUCAAAUGCAAGCAUUUUUGGUUUUAUACCAAAUUGGUUUUGGGAUAUUUCACCCCACUUGAUAAUUUUCAAUAUGUCUCAUAAUGAGUUACAAGGCCGGCUUCCAAAUCCUAUGCCUAUAGCAAUUGCGACUUCUUUUGCUACUCCUGUUAUGAUUGAUCUUAGCUUCAAUCAUCUUGACGGACCACUUCCUGUUAUAACACCAGGAUUUGGGAUGCUAGAUCUCUCACACAAUAACUUUUCUGGUGAAAUUCCAUGGAACAUAAGUCAACGCAUGGCUAUUGUGGGAUUUUUAUCUCUUUCUCAUAAUCAACUCCAUGGAGAAAUACCGUUGUCUUUAGGAAACAUGUCCUUUGCUACUGUCAUUGAUCUUUCAAGAAAUAACUUAACAGGAAGAAUCCCUCCCAACCUUGGAAAUUGCUCUUUGUUGGAUGUAGUAGACCUUGGGAAUAAUAAUUUGUUUGGGACAAUUCCUGGUUCUUUGGGCCAUUUAAAACGCCUCAGAUCACUGCACCUUAAUGACAAUCACUUUUCAGGGGAUUUGCCAUCAUCUUUAAGAAAUUUGUCAAGUUUGGAAACCAUGGAUCUUGGCUACAAUAUAUUGUCUGGUAUUAUUCCAACUUGGUUUGGCGAAAAAUUUCCAUUUCUUAGAAUUCUUAUUUUGAGGUCUAAUGCAUUUUCUGGAGAAUUGUCACUUGAGUUUUCAAAACUAGGUUCUUUGCAACUCCUUGACCUUGCUAGAAAUGACUUGAGUGGCAACAUACCUGCUAGCUUGGGUGAUCUUAAAGCAAUAAGCCAAGUGCAGAAGAAAAAUAAGUAUUUGUUGUAUGGAAAAUUUGAAGAACACUACUAUGAAGAAAGCUUAAAUGUAUAUAUGAAAGACCAAGUAUUAGAGUAUACCAGGACGCUCUCCCUUGUUACUGGCAUAGACCUUUCUGAUAACAACUUCAGUGGAAAUAUUCCUAAUGAAAUAACAAAACUAUUUGGUUUGGUGGUUCUCAACUUUUCAAGAAACCAUAUAACCGGCAAAAUUCCUGACACCAUGUCAAAUCUACUUCAACUGUCAUCUCUUGAUCUCUCAAACAACCGACUUUCUGGAACAAUUCCUUCAAGUUUGUCUUCCUUGUCAUUUUUGGGGUCCCUAGAUUUGUCCAACAACAAUCUCUUGGGUGUGAUUCCUUAUACAGGUCAUAUGACAACCUUUGAUGCAAUAACUUUUACCGGAAAUCCUGGUCUAUGUGGUUCUCCACUUCCUGUGAAGUGUUCAGGUGAUGAUGACAAGAAACAAGGUAAUGAUGAUUCAAAUGAUGAGGGAUUGUUGGAUAACUGGUUUUACUUGUGUCUUGGUUUGGGGUUUGCAACAGGCAUUCUAGUUCCUUACUUCAUUUUAACAAUGAAGAGUUCUUGGGGUGAUGUCUACUUUGAUUUUGUGGAUCAAGUUAUUCACAAAUUUUUAAGGCUCACACACAGACAAGGAGUAAAUCAUGGUCAAAGGAGGAAGAUUCCUCAGAGGCGGUAGUUUAUACUUUAUAUAAAUGUAUGUACAAUUUUCUUUGAUCGGGAUAUAUGUGUGUGUGUGUGUGUGUGACUACAUAAUUUUUUUACCACUACUUUAUAUAUCUCACUACUCUUCGUAAUCAUUCUCUUCUGUCAUUGAGUUUCCAGUUAGUAUUGUAUUUUGUUCUGAGUUGUAUAGUUCAUAACAUGUCCUAUUGAUUCUUCUUUGCUUGUACCUAUUGAU